AACUCAUCGUUUUCACUGACCAGAUUACCACUAGAAUCAUAUCCUACGCGAUGUCAAAGCGUGUGGUAACUGGCAACCUCUCAGUUCAGUCUAGCGUCCAGACAGCCUUAUUAUUUAUAAAAACAACCCACAUCCGACCAAACCAUCACAACUCAUCAUCACAGACAAAAAACAUGUCCCAGCCAUCAAUGCCUCGUUAUACUUCGAUACUUUUCUUCCUCUUCUUGCAACUGUUCUUUGCUGCUCAACCAUGCCACCGGACAGUGACCUACGCUGCUGGCGGUGGCCAGUGGCAACUCUUGCAAAAUAGCAUUGGCAUAACAGCAAUGCAUAUGCAACUACUCAGCAAUGACCGUGUAGUGAUCUAUGAUCGAACUGACUUUGGCAGGUCGAAUCUUUCAUUACCAGAUGGAAAAUGUCGGAAUGAUUCGAGUGAAUUAGUUAUCAAAUAUGACUGUUCUGCUCAUUCUGUUGAGUACGAUGUUUUGGCUAAUAGAUUCAGGCCACUUAUGGUCCAAAGUGAUGUUUGGUGUUCUUCCGGGGCUGUGGUCCCUGAUGGGAGUCUGAUUCAAACCGGCGGUUUCAAUGAUGGUGAACGUAAGGUCAGGAUUUUUUCUCCAUGCAAUGGGGCUGAUUGUGAUUGGGAAGAAGUUGGUGAUGGUCUUAAGGCAAAAAGAUGGUAUGCCACCAGUCAUAUACUGCCAGAUGGUAGGCAAAUUAUUAUUGGUGGCAGAAGGCAGUUCAAUUAUGAAUUUUAUCCAAAAAGUUCUGCCCCGAAUGUUUACAGUCUGCGAUUUCUGAUGGAAACUAAUGAUCGUGGCAUUGAGAACAACUUAUAUCCAUCUGUUUUUCUCAAUGGUGAUGGGAAUUUAUUCAUUUUCGCCAACAACCGAGCUAUAUUGUUCGAUCACAAGACAAAUAAGGUGGUGAAGACUUAUCCCGCAAUACCUGGAGGUGAUCCACGAAGCUACCCAAGCACAGGUUCGGCAGUGUUGCUUCCAUUGAAGAAUUUACAGGCUUCAACAAUUGAAGCUGAAGUUUUGGUGUGUGGGGGUGCACCAAAAGGGUCUUUUGCUAGGGUGGAAAAGGGUAAUUUCGUGCAAGCUUUGGAUACUUGUGCCCGGAUCAAGAUAAACGACCCUAAUCCACGAUGGGUAAUGGAAACUAUGCCUACAGCUAGAGUCAUGGGCGAUAUGACAUUGCUUCCAAACGGCAAUGUUUUGAUCAUAAAUGGAGCUGGAGCUGGUACUGCCGGGUGGGAAAAUGGGCGAGAUCCGGUCUUGAACCCUGUCCUCUACCGGCCAGACGACGCGUCAGGGUCAAGGUUUGAGUUGCAAAACCCGAGUACAAUACCAAGAAUGUACCAUUCCACAGCAAUUUUGCUUCGUGAUGGCAGGGGUCUUGUUGGUGGUAGCAAUCCCCAUAUUGGAUAUGAAUUCACCGGGGUAUUGUUUCCAACUGAAUUGAGCUUAGAAGCAUUUUCUCCACCGUAUUUGGAUCCAAAAUUUGAUGAUUUGAGACCAAAAAUUGUCUCAUCAUCUGCUUCCAAAGGUAAAAACAUUGGCUACGGACAAAAAUUGCUGGUAAGGUUCAAAGUCACGAGCAAAAUAGUAAUAGAUAUGGUGUCGGUGACAAUGGUGGCACCAGCAUUCAAUACACAUUCAUUUUCUAUGAAUCAUAGAUUGUUGGUGCUAGGGAAUGAGAAAGUGACCGAUGUGGGCGCUUCAACUUAUGACAUUCAAGUUAUGACACCGCCUCCCGGUGAUCUUGCACCCUCAGGUCAUUACAUGUUAUACGUGGUUCAUCAAGAGAUUCCUAGUGAAGGCCUCUGGGUCAAAAUUCAGUGACUGUUCAUUUAGAGUUAUAGAUAGAUUCAUAAGCUGGUUUGGCAUUUUUCUUUAAUCUGUACACAUUUUGAGAUAAGAUUGGAUUAAUUGAAUCUACACACAUAUAAUUAAUUUACAGCAUUUUACUA